UAAGGUAGAUGGUAUUAUCCAUUGGUUCAAGAGGUGGGCAAUACCCGACUAACUACCAGCGAGGCGGUGAUGGCCAGUUUCAGGAGCUUCUAAUUCAAGAUGAUGGCCGCCCAGCACACCCGCAUCCAGUAUCCCCGGGGUACUCCGUCCAGACAACACACCAGCAGGAGGGUGGUAGGUUAAUAUGGUUGAGUUUCGAACCUGAGUGGAGGAAGCGUGGAGGGUCUGCCAACUUUCGAUCCCUGCUGGAGUGUUCCGUGGGGCUUUGUUCCGUUAAGGUUCCCUUGGGUGCGAUGAUGUCUUGCUGCCGAAUGGUGAUUCAUUCGACUCCAUGACAUAACUAACUUCCAACCGAUGUGGAAUGCUUGAAGAAAAUCCUCACUUCUCUGCACCACUG